AUGUACUUGGAGCAGUGCCGCAUUGCAGUCGUCUCGGCUAUCUUUGCAGACUGGGACCACCUCAGGCUGCCUCAGCGCUCCAAGAUCUCCGUGACAGCCAAGCGCAAGGCGUGUUUUGUGAUAUUCGUGGACGAGCAGACAGUGAGGGGGCUGUACAGGGACAACCUCAUUCCUGAUGCCAACGGCAAGGUGGGGCUGUGGCGCGUGGUGGUGGUGGCCCACCCGCCCUACUCGGACGCGCGGCGCACGGGGAAAAUACCCAAGCUGCUGACACACCGCCUCUUCCCCAACGCCAAGUAUUCCAUGUGGAUUGACAGCAAGCUGCGGCUCUUUGUGGAUCCGCUAGCCAUCCUGGAACGGUUUUUGUGGCGGGGAGGGUUUGAAUAUGCCAUUUCCAACCACUACGACCGGCACUGCGUGUGGGAAGAGGUGGAGCGCAACAAGAAGCUGGGCAAGUACAACGCGACGGUCAUUGACGAGCAGUUUGAGGCAUACAAGGCGGAUGGGCUCACCAUGUUCAACCCCUCUGACCCCAACAACCUGCUCAUCAGCAACGUGCCAGAGGGGUCAGUGAUCAUAAGAGCGCACACAGCUGCCGCCAACCUGUUCUCGUGCCUCUGGUUCAACGAGGUGGACCGCUUCACCUCCCGCGACCAGCUCUCCUUCGCCUACACGUACCACAAGAUGGCCCGUACCUCUCACCCACUGAGGUUGAAUAUGUUCAAGGACUGUGAGCGGCGGUCGUUUGUUAAGCUCUUUCACCACAAGGCUGAGGAGGCAGCACUCAAGCUCGAGCGAGGCAGAGCUAGGUAG